GCUCGAGCAGGGCUGGGCUGGCGGGAGCGCUGUCGGGGGCUGGGGGGGCAGUCCUGGUCUCGGCCGCGCGGGUGGGCUCGGAGCAGGCCGCACCGGGCAGCAACCCCACUACCACCCGGAGGCCCCCUGCCCUCUUCCCCCUUUCCCCCCCGGCCCAUGGUGCGAGGCUGGGAGCCGCCGCCCGGGCCAGACCGCGCUAUCUCUGAAGGGCACAAAUCAGAAAGCACCAUGCCUCCUAAUAAGGAGGCCAGCAGUCUUAAUAGCUCACCAGCGGGGCUCAUCUGCCUCCCUCCAAUCUCUGAGGAGCUACAGCUUGUGUGGACCCAAGCAGCCCAGACCAGUGAGCUAGAUGGCAAUGAACACUUGCUACAAACCUUCAGCUACUUUCCCUAUCCCAGCCUAGCAGACAUUGCCCUUCUCUGCCUACGUUAUGGGCUACAGAUGGAGAAAGUCAAGACUUGGUUCAUGGCCCAGCGCCUCCGCUGUGGCAUUAGCUGGUCAUCAGAAGAAAUAGAAGAGACUCGAGCCCGAGUGGUCUACCACCGAGACCAACUUCAUUUCAAAUCCCUUCUAUCUUUUACUCACCAUGCAGGGCGGCCCCCAGAGGAGGUGCCUCCUUCUCCAAUGCCACCUCAAGAACAAGCUGGUCUUGGAAUAGGUCCUCUGACUCUUAGUGAGCCUACCCAGAUGAAAGGAUUGAAGGUAGAGCCUGAGGAGUCCUCUCAUUUACCACCACUGCCACUGAGUCACCAGAAAGCAAAGGAUCCCCUGAUGACAACGGGCAGUGGAGCAUUCCCCCAGCAACCAGAUUUUUGGCAGGAUCAUCAAAGCAGUGGCCACUCUAAGGAGCAGGCAGGCAGGGGUCCCAACCAGUCACAUGGCAUAGGUGCUGCUUCCUGGAACCACUCCAAAGCUGUCCACCAGUCAUGUGCUCGGGAUAAGCCCCCACCAAUCUCAUUACUUGCCAGUAGUUGUAAGGAGGAGUCAGCACCUAGUAUGACUCCUUCUUCUUCCUCUACCUCUUCUUCCUCUUUCCAGGUACUGGCUAAUGGAGCUACUGCCACCUCUAAACCCCUCCAGCCACAAGGCUGUAUUCCACAGUCUCUGUCACCCAAUGAACAGGCACUACCCCCACAGCUGGAGCCAGCCUGGCCCCAAAGGCUACGGCACAACUCAGUACCAGGUAGGGUUGGCCCUGCAGAGUAUUUUUCCUCAGAUACCCAGCGCCAGCGAAAGACCAAGCGCAAAACCAAAGAGCAGCUGGCUAUCCUCAAAUCCUUUUUUUUACAAUGUCAAUGGGCACGGCGUGAGGAUUACCAUAAAUUGGAACAGAUCACGGGUUUACCUCGGCCUGAGAUCAUUCAGUGGUUUGGUGACACACGCUAUGCUUUGAAGCAUGGGCAACUAAAAUGGUUUCGGGACAACACAGUUCCUGGUGCCCCUGGUUUCCAAGACCCAGCAAUUCCCACACCAUCACCGUCAACCCGCUCCUUGAAUGAAUGGGCUGAGACACCACCUCUGCCGAUCCCUCCACCCCCACCAGAUAUACAGCCCUUGGAGAGGUACUGGGCAGCCCACCAACAGCUACGGGAAACUGAUAUCCCUCAACUCAGUAAGGCAUCAAGGCUUAGCACCCAGCAGGUACUGGAUUGGUUUGACUCUCGACUACCUGAGCCAGCUGAGGUGGUAGUUUGUCUAGAUGAAGAAGAGGAAGAGGAGGAGGAAGAACUGCCAGAUGAUGAGGAAGAAGAGGAGGAGGAGGAGGAAGAUGAUGACGAUGCUGACGUGAUCAUACAAGACUGAGUGGGGGGCUAGGGGAGGGGAGAUCUAUUACUAAAAGAUGAACCAACUUAUUAACUGUUGAAACAAAGAAACCACAUUUUUAAAA